AUGGCCGCCAAAGUUUACGUUGGAAACCUCUCGUGGAACACCACCGACGACAGUCUCGCCCACGCCUUUUCGACCUAUGGUCAGCUCACCGACUACAUUGUCAUGAAGGACCGCGAGACCGGCCGCUCGCGCGGUUUCGGUUUCGUCACCUUUGCCACCCAGGCCGAGGCUGACGCCGCCAUUGCCGCACUCAACGAGCAGGAGCUCGACGGCCGUCGCAUCCGUGUCAACAUGGCUAACUCUCGCCCUGCUGGCGGUAUGGGCGGCGGCUACGGUGGUGUCACUGGCCAGUACGGCGCCAACGCCUACGGUGCCCAGGGUGGCUACGGUGGCUACGGCGGUCAGCCCGGCGGAUUCCAACAGCCCGGCGGCUUUCAGCAGCAGGGUGGCUACCCUCAGCAGGGCGGCUACGGUGGCUACCAGCAGCCUGGUUUCCAGCCCCAGCAGGGCGGCUACGGCGCUCCUCAGCAGGGCUACGGCGCUCCUCAGCAGGGUGGCUACGGAGGCUACGGUGCUCAGCAGGGAUUCCAGCAGCCCGCGCAGCAGAACAGUGGCUCGUACAACGGCCAGGGCUACUAA